UACUUCCCCACUUCACCGAGUCACUUCCCAGUUUUUCACUUCCGACCGACUUCCCAGAAAACAAACUUCGGGAACUCGACUUCUUGUUUUCAGAAGCGGCAAAAGAGCAACCCUUUCCUUUCAUCAACGGCUCUCUGUCUUCCUUUUUUUUCCCCGGUUUUGUUUUCCUUUUUGUCCGUCUGUGAAUCUGCGGUGUGAUCGAGGUGGGAGAAGCGAGGUGGUAGGGAAUGGCUGCGAGGCCUCAGGUGACCAUCACGUUGGGCCGCAGCGGGCAGGUUGUGAAGAAGGCGGGCACUACUAUUGAUGGUAGUCAACCUGACUAUGCGCCAUCACUGUCCUUGGGAAGCAAACGACCUAUACGAGAGAGGUUGGGGGGCAAUGUGGAAGAUCCUCAUGCAUAUGCUAGUCAGUCCCGGAGUAAACGCCAGCGAAGGGAGGGUCAUGAUUGGAUGUCAGAUGAUGAUUUGGAUGAUGACCAGCAAAAUGCCCCCAAACGUUGGAUUGGUAGGGAUGACCUGAGACAUAAACUUCUUAACAAAGGCCUACAUAGGCGCGGUGAUGUCGUUUCGGGUGCAGAAGGUCAUGUUGACCUUCAAAAGCUUUCUCGGAAUGCAAAAAUUUCGUCCAGACAUGAACAACAACAAAGGCAAGAAUCAAAGCCAUCUGCUCUCAUGAGGCGAAUCAUUCCCACAAGAAGUGCUGAUGAUUUGCUUCAAUUGGAUUCAGUGCAAAAAUCCUAUUCAGCAUGGCCAUUAGAUGGUCGAAGACAUAGAUCUCCUGAUCGCCUUAUUGGUGUUUCCAGGGGUCCCACCAAUCAUGAUGGGCUGAGACAUGUUUCUUCAAGGCCAGUUGACACUUCGAGGCCUUCAACAUAUCCUUCAAAGGAUUUGUUUGAUGCAUCAAGGCCUGUGCCCUUUCUGACUAAACCUUCAGUUGCAAUUGAAGCUCCAAAACAAGUUCUGAGAGUACCUCCACCAAGUGGAAUUAUACAGAAAAGCUCGCACAUGUCUGAGGAACCAAUCACUGUUGCCGGUUUAUUGCGUUCGUUGGGUUUGGAGAAAUAUGCGAUUCUCUUUCAGGCAGAAGAGGUGGACAUGCCUGCGCUGAAACAGAUGAGUGACCAUGAUCUUAAAGAGCUGGGAAUACCAAUGGGACCGAGGAAAAAGAUCCUUCUUGCAGUGCUUUCUCGGCAAAAACGACAUCCAUGAAAAGAGUGAUUUUGAACGAUUUGUAAGCGGGCUUCGUUACAAAUUCCACAAGUUAAUUCGCCCUCGCAAAGAUGUUGUAUAUCUUCUGAGUGCUCAUUUUGAUAUUAACCUUUUUCAUAUUCAUGAAACUUAGCCAUAGAUUUCAAAUAACAUCCAUUUGCAAACCGAUAUUCAAGCAAUCAAUUAUCUGUUGAAUCACUUAAAUCUUUCGGUCAAUUGUCAGUCUGCAUGUUUAUCACAAUUUCAGAACAACCUGGAAAUUUUGUAUAUCAAUGCUGAAUCUUUUUAACAGAGUAUAGGGAUGGAGUUCUCAGGGCCUCAA